AUGUCUAAUUCAUGCUUGCAUUCUUUCACAAAACUUGUUUCAUUAUUAAUAAAACGCAAUUCAAUCAGUUCGCUCUUAUCUGUUUUAAUCUUAAUUGCUUUAUAUGGUGCUGAAAUAAUAGAUUUAUUUUCAUCGAAUUUAAAUCCCCGAUCACAUUUCUCAAGCAAAUUGGCCAGGAUUUGGCCUUCAUUAGAAGGUGAGCUUUUAAAAAAUGACUGGAAUAUAGAAGCAAAAUUUGCCAAAUGUUCUGUCAUU